AUGAAUUUUAUUCGUAAAAGACUUGGACUGUUGCCCUAAACAACAGCUAUAAUGGAAAUAUACCAAUCAGAAUAAUCAAAUGAAGUUAUUUAUUUAUAUAGGAGAAUUUUAAAAUAAAUCUCAAUUACUUAUGAAAGAAGAUUAGAAAGAAUGCAAAAAUUAAAAGAAGCAUAAUGGAUAUUUAGAGAAUGUAAAGAUGAAAAGGAGUAAGAAUAAAUUAAAUACUUGAAGAAUUAAGGAUAUUUAGGUAUAAUUAUUUUUUAUUGUGCAUAAUAAUAGUAUUAAAGAUGUUAGAAUAGAAUUAAGUUUUGCCUUCCUUUUAUCCUAAUCCAUUAGAUUUAGUUGAACCUGAAGUUCAUAAUUAAUUUGGAAAAUAAUUAUAUAAUAGAGUUAAGUUUUGA